UCUCGGCUUGGAGGUGGGCAAGGUGCAACUUUUCUUCGGUCGUCCCGAAUCCGGGUUCAUCCGACACCAUCCGCCUCCGCCAUGCCGCCCAAGUUCGACCCCAACGAAGUCAAAGUCGUCUACUUGAGAUGCACCGGUGGGGAAGUUGGGGCCACGUCGGCCUUGGCCCCCAAGAUCGGGCCUUUGGGUCUGUCUCCGAAAAAGGUCGGUGAUGAUAUCGCCAAGGCCACUGGAGAUUGGAAGGGCUUAAGGAUCACAGUCAAGUUGACCAUCCAGAACCGGCAGGCCCAGAUCGAGGUGGUGCCUUCUGCCUCUGCGCUCAUCAUCAAAGCCCUCAAGGAGCCUCCCCGAGACAGGAAGAAGCAAAAGAAUAUCAAACACAGCGGCAAUAUCACUUUCGAUGAGAUUGUCAACAUCGCCCGCCAGAUGAGGCACCGGUCUUUAGCCCGAGAGCUCUCUGGCACUAUUAAGGAGAUCCUGGGCACAGCCCAGUCUGUAGGCUGCAACGUUGAUGGCCGUCACCCUCACGACAUCAUUGAUGACAUCAACAGUGGUGCUGUAGAAUGCCCAGCGAGUUAAGAAGUCCCAAGAAAUGCUUCAAUAAAGUAUUUGCUGAAA